AUGGAGCGAGACGUGGCGAGCGAGCGAUAUGAAAUUUCAUUAACGAGGGUCGGCGCGCAGUGUGUAGAGUGGCUACAAGACGGCGGACAAACAGCGCGCCAGGAUACCAUAAGUCAUUUCGAAAACGACCGCGCAGACACGAUCGCGAAACUAAAAGCUCUAGGCGAGCGACAGAAAGUUGAGAAUCGUAUAAAUAAUUCAAGAACAGCAGGCGACCCGGGUGUGAGUGCGGAGAAGACAAUGGCACCAAAAAUAAUUUUAUUAUUUAGUGGUAAACGAAAAUGUGGUAAAGACUUUGUGACAGAUCAUCUAAAGUUAAUAUUAGGUGAUCAAUGUGAAAUUAUAAAAAUAUCCCAACCUAUAAAGAGUCAUUGGGCAAAUGAGAAGAAUUUAAAUUUAAAUGAACUGUUAAGUGAUACAGAAUAUAAAGAACAGCACCGUUUAGAUAUGAUAAGGUGGAGUGAAGAAAGGAGAGAAAAUGAUUAUGGAUGUUUUUGUAGAGCUGCAUGUGACAAUGCAGCAGACAGACCAAUAUGGAUUGUUAGUGACAUAAGACGGAAGACAGAUGUGCAAUGGUUCAAGGAAACAUAUGGUGAUCUAAUAAAAACUAUUAGAUUGGUGGCUGAUGAAGAGACACGAAAAGAGAGAGGAUUUCAGUUCAAGAGUGGUGUUGAUGAUACUGCCUCAGAAUGUGAUUUGGAUGAUUAUAAUGAAUGGGAUCUUGUUAUUGAAAAUGGCAAAGAAAAUAAAUCCAUAGAAGAUCUAACUAAAAGUAUUAUGGUCCUUUUACAA